AUGACUGGAACCCAGGAACAGAAGCAACCUGAUGGCUCAUUCAAUCCACCACUUCCUCCGACUAUUUCAGCGAAUUCUUCUUCCGCUGACACUAAUGCUGAAAUAGCAUCUAAUAUUGCCAUACGUAUUCCACCGUUUUGGCAUGAAAAACCCCAAAUAUGGUUUGCACAAAUAGAGGCUCAAUUUCAGUCCAGAAAAAUAACUGGAGAUUCAUCGAAAUUCAAUGCGAUAAUUGGAGCAAUCGAAUCUCAAGUCCUAACACAGGUUUCGGAUGCUGUUUUAAAUCCCCCUAGAGAUAAUAAAUAUGAAAAUCUUAAAACGCAAAUCAUAGAAAGAUUUGAAGACUCCGAGCAGCGCAAAAUUAAAAAACUUCUGUCUGAAGUUGAUUUAGGAGACAAGAGGCCAUCCCAACUCUUGAACGAAUUACGUGAACUUGGUGGAAAUCAAAUUAACGCAGAGUUUCUAAAAUCCCUUUGGUUACAGAGACUUCCUCCUCAGGUACGUGCUAUAUUAUAG